AUGGAAAUUGAUAUUGCAAGUGAUAAUACAUCAUUAGAUGAUAAAACUGAAGAUUAUUGUGAAAAUCCCACAAGAGAUGCUCUUACAGAAGGAAUUUUAACUUUAUUAAAACCUACUGUUGAUCAACUUGAUGAGAGAAUUCGUACUACUAGGAUCAGUCAAAUAGAGCUUCGUCAGCAAAUUGAUUCAUUAACAGAAGAACUUUUAAAAAUAAAUGAAUUUCUUAAAUUUCCAUUGGAACUAGAUGUAUAUGUAACAAAAUUAAUAAAUGCAAAGCAAAAAGUUGUAGUGAUUAAUAAUAUUCUUCAGAAAACUGAAGAACGCAUAACUAAAAUUUAUCAAGCUGUUGAAAAAGAAAAAAAUAAGCAAAAAGUAUUACUGGACCAUAUUUAAUGUACAAUAAUUAAAGUGCAAAUCUAGAAACAAAAGAUUUAUUUUCAGCUACUAUGAAUAGUGAACAAUCAUCAUAGUAAAUUUUUAUGAGACUCGAUG